AUGCACCACUUCAUUAAUUGUGAGCCUCAUCACAGGCUAAGAGACCUGGCGAAAAAACAUGGUCCUCUUAUGCACUUACAGCUCGGCGAAAUUCCAACUCUUAUUGUUUCUACGCCUGAAGCCGCUAGAGAAGUGCUGAAAAAUAAUGAUAUUAACUUCGCUCAAAGGCCUCCUCUUCUUUGUGCAGAUGUUGUAGCUUAUGGUUGCACAGAUGUUGUGUUUUCACCAUACGGAAACUACUGGCAACAGCUACGAAAGAUGUGCAUUACUCAGCUUAUGACUCCCAAAUCUGUGCAAUCUUUCAGAGGAAUCCGGGAAGAGGAGGUAUCAAAAUUCGUUAGUUUGUGUUCUUCAAGAGCUAAAGGAACGAUCAAUAUUAGCAAGGGAAUUUUUUCAAUGAUGUUUGACAUCACAACGAGAUCGGCGUUUGGUGAAAUAAUGAAAGAUCAAAAGGCGUUCUUGGAUGCCAUUGAAGAAGGUUUAGAGGUGGGUGGAGGUUUCACUGUGGCUGAUAUGUUUCCUUCCUUCAAAUAUAUUGACUAUAUCAGUGGGGCAAAGAGGAGACUUGAAGCGAUUCAUCGCAAAGUUGAUGGAAUGUUUGAUGAAAUGAUUAAUGAGCAUAAAAAUAAAAAGCCAGCCAUGAAGAAAGAUGAGGAUGAAGAGGAUCACAAAGAUCUGUUAGAUCUUCUUUUGGAAGCUCAAAAGAAUGGAGACCAUGAAUUUACCUUAAGCAAUGACAACAUCAAAGCAGUUAUCGUGGACAUUUUUACCGCUGGGAGUGAUACAUCAGCUUCAACUGUGGAAUGGACAAUGUCUGAAUUGAUAAAAAAUCCAAGUGUGAUGGCAAAAGCACAAGCAGAAUUAAGAAAUGUGUUUCGAAUGAAAGGAACAGUUGAUGAAGACGGCCUUCAUGAAUUAAAAUAUUUGAAGGCAGUAAUCAAGGAAUCUAUGCGGUUACACCCAGCUGCUGCUUUGUUACUUCCAAGAGAAUGUAGGAAAAGUUGUGAGAUAUUCGGAUAUGAAAUACCUGUGAAGACCAGAGUUUUAGUAAAUUCGUGGGCGAUAGGGAGGGAUCCAAAUUACUGGAGCGAAGCUGAGAAGUUUAAUCCUGAGAGAUUUAUUGAAAAUGGAUUUGACUACAAAGGGGCGCCUAAUCUUGAGUUCAUCCCAUUUGGAGCUGGAAGGAGAGUUUGUCCUGGCAUAGGAUUCGCUAUAGCCAAUGUGGAGCUUCCACUUGCCCAUUUGCUAUAUCAUUUUGAUUGGAAACUUCCCAAUGGACAAAAGAAUGAAGAUCUUGACAUGACUGACGUUUUUGGUCUUACAGUGGGAAGAAAAGAUGACCUAAUCUUGGUUCCAAUUCCUCAUCUCCCUCAGCCUGUUGGCUAA